AUGUCUUACGUACACAAAAACUCAUGCGAAUGCCUCAAAACGGAAUUGGAUUUGUUUUCCGUUCCACCGACUCAAACUAGUAUUACAAAAGGGCAUUGGGUGACCUACCACCCAUUUACAUCGAUUUCUGAUUCUGGUCCGUUACAAUUCAAUAUACAGGGCUCUAGUGAACAUUAUGUUGAUUUGUCGCAAACUAUGCUACGUGUUAAAGUAAAAAUCACGAAACCUGAUGGGACAGAUUUAGACGACGGUGACCCAGUUGGGCCAGCCAAUUUAUUGUUACAAUCCUUAUUCAGUGAAGUUGAUAUUUCGUUGAACGAGAGAUUGAUCACACCAUCUACAAAUACCUAUUCGUAUAGGGCAAUGAUCGAAACGUUGUUAACCUAUGGUACGGAUGCUAAGCAAACUCAUCUUACUGGUGGUUUGUUUUACAAAGAUACUGCGGGUAGAAUGGAAGCGGCAAAUCCUACAGUUGGAAAUGCCGUAGCUAAUAAUGGACUCAAAAAACGCUCCGAAUUUACUAACGGUAGUCGUUCUGUGGAUUUGAUAGGGCCUAUUCAUUGCGAUAUAUUUUUCCAAGAUCGUAUGAUGCUUAAUGGUGUCGAUGUUAAAAUUAAAUUACACAGAAGCAAAAACUCAUUUUGUCUCAUGUCACCCGAUGCAGCGGCUGGAUUCAAGGUUCAUUUGGAAGACGCUUCCUUGUAUGUAAGAAAAGUGAAACUCAAUCCAUCUAUAGCGCUGGCUCACGCUAAAGCGCUGGAAAAAGGAACAGCUAAAUACCCGCUCCGUCGCGUCGAGGUGAAGACCCUAUCCGUCCCUCAGGGAAAUUUAUCGUUUACCAGAGAAUCUCUGUACAAUGGCAAUCUACCAAAACGCCUAGUGAUCGGUCUAGUGGGUACUGACGCAUUCAACGGGAGUUACUCAAAAAAUCCGUACAACUUUCAACACUUCAAUACAAACUUUAUGGCCUUGUAUCUAGAUGGUGAGCAAGUACCUUGGAAACCGCUUAAACCAAAUUUCGAAGCUAACGGUGAAGGAAGUUAUAUUUUAGCGUAUCAGAGUUUAUUCUCCAGUUUGAGUACAUUAUUCGAAGAUACAGGAAACCAGAUAUCAAGAGAAGACUACGCCAGGGGCUAUUCUUUGUUUGCGUUUGAUCUCACCCCUGAUUUAUCAAACAGUGGACAUUUCAAUCUAAUUAAACGAGGAAAUAUACGUUUAGAAAUUCAAUUCGCUACUGCUUUGACAGAAACAAUUAACGUUAUAAUUUACUCAGAAUUCGAUUCACUUAUUGAAAUAGACAAGUCUCGUAACGUAAUAUUAGAUUUCUAA